CACAUACAUACACAUGAUAAUAUCUGUGUUUCAUUAUUGGUCUUGAAAGAAAAUUAAAGAAAAUCUGUAUUGAAUCAGCACAUGCCCAAAUAGCAUAUACAUAAUUUGCAAGAGCGAUGGGAGAUGUUCUGGAAAUUCAGAAUAGCCAACUAAGUUGUGAGGAGAAAUCCCCUCAAGAUAUAUUACUUGCUCUCCAAACCAACCAGCAGCUGCUUAGUACUAAUUCACCCACUGCCAAUCAUGCUCAAGAGAAAAUUAUUUUAGAAGCAAAGGAUGCCGGAGAUGCGAUAUCAUGUCGGAAAGAGGAAUCUCCACCACUUUCUUCGCCUCAACAACCAAAAGCACAACCCUUCACCAAGGACGACGAAUCAUUGUUGAACGAAAAUGUCCCUCACUCGGAAAACAGCUCUGCUGCCACAGCCAUUUCACAGAACGUCGAGUCGCAGUUAAUGGUGAUGAAACCAAAAGAAAAUGUAGCUCCAGCUGGAUCACAACUCAAUGUGAAUGAGACAUUGGCUUCCAACGAGAAAGAUAACCCUCACACUCCAUCAGAAACGGACAUUGAUGAGGAAACAGAUGAUCCUUCGACAGGUACCAACGCAAGUUCACAAGUUGUCCGUUCAGAAAACCGUCGGUUUUUUCAGCAGAAAGCAGCUUGCAGACAGUGCGACAGAUUGGUAACAGAAGAUAUUGGAGUGUUGAAUGUCAAGUGUGAAUGUACGGAGACGUCUCUUAUCCAUCAGGAUUGCAUGGAUGCAUGGUCUCAACAAAAGGGGGAUAAGUGUUUGCAUUGCGAUGCCCACAUCAAAACUAAGAAUGCCACUGUUUCUUCCAUCCCACCGCAAACCACUCUACAAAAUCCACCACUUUCUACAUGUACCACCUGCAGUUCUUGGUGCUGCUUCACUUGGAAUUAAGGUCAAUUAAGGUCACUUGGAAUUAAGGUCAAUUUAUUUGGAAUUUUACUCCAUCCGUCCCACCUUUUAGUAUUCAUUUGAGAGUGAUACGAGUUUUAAUAAAAUGAUUGUGUGUGUUGCGAGCCCACUUUUUAUGUGAGUGUUAAAAUAAUUAAAAGUUUAGCAAAUGUGUCUCAUCUACUUUUAAUAAAAAAUAUAAAUGAAUACCAAAAUGUGGGACGGUCAUAAAAGAAAAGAUGGAUACUAAAAGCUAGACAAAAUGCAUAAUUUCCUUUUAUAGGGAAUGGUUGGUCAUGUCUCUAGUACUUUCCCUUGCGAAUUGUAUUCAUCUUUUUCUUAAAGAGUAAUAAAAUUAUUUUGGACUGGUAUAUGAUUUGAUAUUUUAAAGCCACAUGAUUGGAAAAUAUUAAUCUUAUUUUUGCUCGACUA